CUCCGCGCGGUCCUAACGUGCGCUGUGUCAAAAAAAAAAGAAAAAUAAAUUAUUUGAAAAAAGAAAAUAGAUUUCAAAAAGUUUGAUGUAAGGAGUUCAGUGACAGUUGUUCCCGCGCGUUUUUCAUUAAUUUUACGUUUUUGAGGUUAUGUCAUUGAAACGCUAAGAAUUUUGUGGUACUGAACUGAGGUGAUCAGUGAUAAGUGAAAAGUGCGUUUUUCAAAAUGGCGGCCAUCAAUUUCUUCCUUGUCCUAUGUCUCGUGCACACGGCCUUUGGCAAAGGUUCCGAAGCCCAAGUGGACUGUACCCCUGAGGUGAUGAAGGUGACUGUACCUAUGGAUGGGGACCGACAAAUAUCGUAUCUUGACCAAAUGAAGAAUUACCAGCCGUGCAAGCCUGUGGUGAGCGAGGGAGUGGCCACCUUCAUGCUGGACCUCCAAGACCACCACAGAUGUGGGGUCACGAGGAUCGUGAACCAAAUCACUGGCAAAAGAACUUUUUACCACAAAAUCGUGAUAGAAAACUCUAAUGGUGGUCGGGAGACGGUCACGGCGCGUUGCGUGGUCACAAACAAACUACGCGCUCUGACCAGGAGGGCGGUGGAGCCGUUCCCUUUGGACUUCAACGAGCCUGAUGCUAUCAACAUCACGAGAUAUCAGGAAGGCAUGGCGCCCGACCCUGUCAUCGGAGCCGUGGUGAAGGAGAAUGGCAAACAGGUAUCAGGCGAGAUCUCAGUGAGUCCAGGCACCCCACUCUCCAUGGAGAUCUUCCUGAACGAGGAGUCGGCUAAAGUGUACGGCCUACUGGUCAGUUAUAUGCACGUCACUGAUACUGGCAAACAGCAGGAGACCAUUAUAUUGAACGGGUGUUCGGUAGACCCGUACCUCUUCGACAACUUCUUGACCACAGACGGUGACCUCCUCGCCGCCAAGUUCAGGGCGUUCAAGUUCCCUGAUACCACGUACGUCCAGUUCAAGGGUACGGUCAGCGUUUGCCUGGACAAAUGUCAGGGGGUACAAUGCACAAACGGAGCCACUGGGUACGGUCGGCGGCGCCGCUCCGUCUCCAGCGAGGGUCUGCCGAACAAGUUGUACGAGGUGUCUCUCACUACCUUCAUCAGGGUCGACGCUGGGGGCGGCCAGGAGGCUGAGGACAUCCUAGCUCAUCUGAAGAACUUGAAAAUCGGUAAUCAAAUGUUGGGAGACGCCGACGGUACUCCCGCCUCAAUAAGCGAGUGGUCCGAGGAGAGCAAGCUAGUUUUACAGGCCUCUAGUGCAAAUAUAUGCAGGUUAAGUAGCGUACUACUCAUAUGUUUGUUGAUACUCUUCAAAUAAAUAAAUCGAUCUCUCUUCUUUAUAGAAUUCCGAAUUAGGAACAUAGGCCAUAGAGUUAAAUUUCGGUUUUAAAAAAAAAUUAAGAUUCUUUUAUGUCAGCCAGUUUUGAAAUAGGGCUUUGGUUUAUGGAAAUUGGAGGGAAAUUGAGUUUUUUUUUUUUUUCAUUGCAUUCCAGCCAGUACAAUGCCAAAAACAAAAAGUACCAACGUAAAUACCUAUAUUUUUUUUUACGAAAUCCUGGUAGUAAUGAGAUUGAAUUCAGCUCAGGAAUUUAGUGACGAAAAUGAAUGACAUUUUACUAAUUUUAAUUAUGUGGUUUUUUAAUUCAUUUUGAUAUUGUUUUCUUUAAAAAUAUUAAAAAAAAAAAUCUUUUUGACCGACCGAAUUUUACACCGACUAACGAUUUAAAUGAUUUAGUUUUAAAUAAAAGUGAUUUUAAUGUAACAUUAGUAUGUAAUAAGACUAAUUAUAUCCUGACUUAGAUUGGACGAUUACUUUUUUAAAAAGGUUUCCUUUUUACACUUUAAUUUGCCGGAUAUCGGUGUAGGGUUGGUGAUGGUUGAGAAUAUUAUAUUAUGUAAUAAUUUUUUUUUUUUUAUUUGUCUUUCGUUGAUUUUAAUUUUUUUAUUUUACAAAUUUACAGUCAGAGCCACAAAACUUUACAAAGCGAUAAAACUUCUUAUCGAACUUUGACUAAGUUAUAUUGAUUUAUCAAAUUCGAUCAGAUAAUUUAUUUGGAUUUCGGCUUAGAAGUUAUGAAUUUGGUUUUUCUUUUUAAAAUUUUCUUUGUACCAAUUUAAUCCAAGUCAGGAUGCCGUUAUUAAUAAAUAUAAUUAUUAUUAAGCUUACUAGUCUUAUAAUUUAAAUAGAUUAUAACACAAGCUUUUUUUUUUUGUUUUAAUAUGUGCUUGAUUUUAAUUUGAGAAACUGCAUAAUACUUGUAUUACUUUUUUACCUUUUUUUUUAAUUUAAGACAAUUUUUUUAAUUGAUUGUACAUUCUUUACAACCUUUUUAUAAAACAAUAGCAAUAACUAUUACAUUUAAAUUAAUUUUAUUAAUGUUCAUAUAUUACCAUUCUUCUCUACAUAA